CGAUCACAUUAAUUUCUCUCUCUCACUCUCUCACACACAAACAGACAAACACACUAAGGGCGAAAUAUCAGGGAAGAAGCAGGGCAGGUCAACAAGUCCCUCAAAAUGGCGGAAGAGAAGGAAUCGACGUCGAUACCGCUGAGUCAAGCUGAAAAUGGAGGCGAAGAUCCAGCCAAGUCUCCACCUGGCUCCCCCAACUCCUCCACUCGUAAGGCUUGCUGUUUUGUUCUUCAGAGUUGGGUCUCAAAGAAAUUUAUGACUGGAUGUGUAGUUCUGUUCCCGGUUGCAUUUACAUUUUUCGUUACAUGGUGGUUUAUUCAAUUUGUUGAUGGUUUCUUCAGUCCAAUAUAUGCCCAGCUUGGCAUUGACAUAUUUGGACUUGGGUUUAUCACAUCUUUACUUUUCGUAUUCUUUGUUGGCGUUUUUGUUUCUUCUUGGAUUGGUGGCACUGUUUUCUCACUUGGAGAAUGGUUUAUAAAGCGGAUGCCAUUUAUUAGACAUAUAUACUCGGCCUCCAAACAAAUUAGUGCUGCAAUUUCUCCAGACCAAAAUACCACGGCAUUCAAAGAGGUAGCAAUUAUCCGUCACCCACGUGUUGGUGAAUAUGCCUUUGGUUUUAUCACAUCAACUGUCACUCUUCAGAGAGAUAACGAAGAUGAAGAGUUAUGUAGUGUUUUUGUCCCAACAAACCAUCUCUACAUUGGCGACAUAUUUCUAGUUAACUCCGAAGAGAUCAUUAGACCAAAUCUUUCUAUCCGAGAAGGCAUAGAGAUCAUUGUUUCUGGGGGUAUGACAAUGCCGCAAACUAUUUCUCCUCUGCAAAGGGUUGCUAGACAGAAUGAGAGAAUCCCAUUGAACAGAAUAGCCUAAUGACAUCAAAGAAGAGGCAUGGUGCCUGGCAACAUUGUAAUUACACAUUCACAUUCCAGAACUGUAGGCUCAUUGCAGCAGGCUUUAGGAUGAACUCUUUUCUUAUGUCCACUUUCUUUUGUAUUUCUUUUUUAUCAAAACUUUGAUUUGUAGUUCUAAGUCAGUUUUGGUGUCUGGAGGGAAGAGGGCGGGGGGGCAACUGCUUAUCUUCAUUGUUGUAUUUGUAUACUAUGAUCAUAUUGUCUGUUCUAUUACAUCAUUGGUCCCAAAAGAGGAAAAAAAAUAAAAUGCUGGAGACAUUUGAUGUUUGAUGCCUUUUAAUAAACUGGCAUUAAUGCCUCGAGUUGUUUUUUUGACAUAA